AUGGAGCAUAAGGAACUUCGUGAUCUGUAUAUCAACGUUUCGACGGGGGAUAAAAAGUACGCUGGAACUGAUGCCAGCGUGAAAAUAAUCCUGCACGAUAAUCAAGGCCGAUGUACAAAGGAUAUAGUUUUGGAUAAUUUUUUUCGGAAUGAUUUUGAACGGGGUCGAAUGGAUGUGUUUCACAUAAGAAAGAAAAAGUUGGCACCACUAGGGAAAAUAGAUAAGAUUGAAAUCUGGCGCGAUGAUGCAGGAUUAUUGAGUGAUUGGUAUGUAGAUAGAAUUGUCAUUGAAGACAGAGAAAAUAUUCAAGUAUAUGAAUUUCCAAUAUUCCGAUGGAUUAAGGCUAAACUUAGAUAUAAAAUCAAACAUUUAGAUACUUCACUUCCCCAACUUGACGAACAUUUGGACCAGAGAAAAAUGGAAUUGGAAGACAAAAGAAAACAAUAUGAAAUUUGUCAGAAAGAAAAGGGGUUGCCAGUGCAGUGGGAUAUUGUUAGUACGAAAGCAGAUCUCUUGACUAAAAGUAAAAUUGUCAAGUUCUUUUCUGGACCGUGGGACCAGGUUGAAGAUGUCAAAAAUCUUUACAGCGAUUGCGUUUUUCAUCUACCAAGGGGAGCUGAUGGCUGGAAAGAUGACCUGUAUUUUGCCAAUCAAAGAAUUGCAAGUGUCAACAGUGGUGUGAUAGAAUUGUGUACAGCCAUACCAGAAAAAUUGGCAGUUACUGAAGAGAUGCUGAAACCGAUUCUCGAAGGCAACAGUCUUCAGUACCUAUUAGACAACAAGCGUCUAUUUAUCAUCGAUUUUGAAAUUCUAGAAGGAAUCCACACAAAACCAGACCAAUUCGUCCGUAAAGAGAAAAAUCAAAAUGUAUAUGAUCAUUUUAACGUCUGUGCACCCAUUGCGUUGUUUAUGGUGGACAACAAUCAGCAACUACGACCAAUAGCCAUACAAUUAUACCAACAACCUAGCUCAAAGAAUCCGGUGUUUUUACCAUCUGAUCACCCGAAUACUUGGUUACUGGCUAAAAUGUGGUUUAACAAUGCCGACAGUACUUAUCAUCAAGCUCUAGCUCAUCUGGGUUAUACUCAUUUGUUAAUGGAAGGAGUAACAGUAGCAACUCAUCGCAAUCUAUCUGGAUCGCAUCCAUUGUUUAAACUCUUGGCUCCUCACUUUCUUUACAUUAUAGCUAUCAAUGCACGAGGUAUAGUCAAAUUGUUGGCACCUGGUGGUUGGGUUGAUGCAGUAAUGAACUGCGGUUCAAGAGGAGUAUUUGAUCUCAUUAAAAAGGGAAUAGACAAGUGGAGAUUAGAUAAAGAAGGAUGUUUACCGGACGAUUUAAAAAGCCGAGGAUUAGACGAUCCAAAUGUUCUACCAGGCUACCAUUUCAGAGACGAUGCUUUAUUGUUAUAUAAUGCUAUCCAGAAAUAUGCUAGCGAAUACGUGAAUCUGUACUAUGAUGGCGGAGAUAAAAUUGCUGACGAUUGGGAACUUCAGGGCUGGGGAAGAGAAUUAGUUAUGGAAAGAGAAAGUGGAGGAGUUGGUCUCAAGGGUUUACCACAUAACGGCACAUUUCGAACUCAAGAUGAUAUAGUUAAAGUUGUUACGUGUGUUAUAUAUACAUGUAGUGUCGUACAUGCAGCUACCAACUUUCCACAAUAUGAAGAAUAUGGGUUUCCACCAAACUAUCCAGCUACUUUCAAGGGAACACCGCCGACGACGAAGGACCAUGUUGAUGAAAAACAAAUCCUAAGUUGCUUGCCCAGCAAAGAAAAUUCUUUAGACGUUAUGGUCGUUACUAAAGUUUUGAGUGCUAAAGGGACCAAUAGUUUAGGAGAUUUUGAAUUGAUGUACAUUGCUGAUCCGAAUGCCAAGAGAGUUGUUGAAGCAUUCCGGGCAGAUCUGAAAAAAAUCAGUGGUAUCAUCAAAGAGAGAAAUAUCACUAGAAGAAUUCCUUAUAUCUAUCUGGACCCGGAAAUAAUACCUAAUUCUAUCAGUAUAUAG